UUACCAAGCCCGAGCCCAAAAGCAUCUCCAUCGUUGAUUGUGCUAUCAGUUCCAAAGAGUAAAGUGCGCUAGUUGAUGGAACUUGACAGAAUAUUGAGACAUCGUCAAUAACAGUGAUCGUUCAAAGGGUUGACAUGAAGCGCAACACAACCAACAAAAUAAAAAAAAAAAAAAUGGAAGAAAAAUCCCCUACUAACCGGAACACACGGCGGACUGGGCGACUCCAUUGCCGAAGACAGUACCUGUUCCAAUGCCACCAAUCGGAGAAUGGUGCAGAUCCGGGAAAGUUCACACAACCUUGCCCGAAACGGUGCAAGGAAGAAGUGGUAUCGAUAAAGGAUUUGACAUGGGAACGUUGAAUGGCGAUAAGUUUGUUCCACGAACGCACUCUGGCAAGUGGAGUUAGAUGCUAUCGUAGGGCAUAUUGUUUAAGUGGCGUAUGGUUUUCGGGUGGAAGAAAAUUGAACGCUCUAGCGAAGCAUCAUCAUAACGCAAGCGAAGCACGUUAUCUGGCGCGGUUCAGUAUCAAAGGCUGUUGAAAAUCAAAGUUCAAUAGUAAAAUUUUAUCGCUGGUCCGUUUGGUUGCUUCUUCUAGAAGCGAUAAGCAGAUGAAAUCAGUUUGGAGAGAUUUUGAGGUACGAAGGCGAACAAAAACAAUGCCGUACACAUUGAAUUAUCUGCCUCUUUUUUCGUCUCCCCCAACCCUUCUCUCCAGCUGGCGUCUGUGACGUUUACUUGAAGGAUGUCCGCCAUGGUUGCGCCACGCAAAUUAAGACGGAGAAAGUGUGGUCCAGUAUCGCGGGACGAUUAAACGUAAGGGUUGAAAUUCCCAACGUGAAGAGCCAAUGAUGAGCAUCGGCGGCUCCGAUUGGACAGUAUCAUGAUCGAUGGAUGGCAUCACGGUAUGGUGGAGUGCAGGGAAUCAAUCAUAGCAACCGCCUGGCUACUGUCCAUACUGUACGGCGAGCGAUUACGAGUGGCGAGUAUAAGAACCCUUUUCCAAAGAUUCUCGUUUAUCAGUGUCGUGCAGACAACAUCAGCGUGUAGCAUCACUCUCACCGUAUUCAUUCAGCGCGUAGCGUUGUGCCCAGUGCUUGGAGGACCGUACUGUACGAAGUGGCAAAUCAGCUGCAAAGACCCCCCGGGUAGGAAUUGUCUUCAUCGCAUCAACAAUAAGUAACCAAAAAUGAGUGUAUUAGAGUGCCCGUCCGAUCUGACGCUCAUCAGCGAUGAAAUGUCCAUCGGUGACGUUAUCCAGGAUAUCAUUCGGAUGGGUCCGCAUGAAGAUCCGCUCCAUGUGCUCGAUUUGGACGAUGUGGUCCGCAAGCACUACGGCUGGUGUGCGAAGAUGCCACGCGUGAAGCCGUACUACGCGGUCAAGUGCAACGACGAUCCGCGCAUCCUGCAAACGCUGAUGACGCUCGGGACGGGCUUCGACUGUGCGUCCAAGGGUGAGAUGGAACGCAUGAUCGGGUUCGGCGUGAAGCCGGAGAACAUUAUCUUUGCGCAGCCGGCCAAGUCCGUCCCGUCGCUGCUGUAUGCACGCUCGAAACAGGUGUCCGUGAUGACGUUCGAUGGGGCAGCCGAGCUGGAAAAGAUCCAUCAGUACUAUCCGGAGGCACGGCUGGUGCUGCGGAUGCGCCACGAUUCAAAGUUGGUUCGAUGCUCGCUGGGCAAGAAGUUUGGGUGUGAUCCAAUCUCGGAAGCUCCGGAGCUGUUGAGAUAUGCCGCCACCCUUCGAAUGAAUGUGAUCGGUAUCAGCUUCCACGUGGGCUCGGACUGCGAUGAGCAUCAGGUGUACUACGACGCGGUGAAGAUUGCAAAGGAUCUGUUCGACUAUGCCAAGACCAUCGGGUAUGACUUCAGCUUGCUGGACAUCGGUGGAGGAUUCCCGGGUGACAAUAACAAACCGAUCGAUCGGUAUGCAAAGGCAGUGAACGUGGCAAUCGAUCAUUACUUCCCGGCGGAGUUGGACAUUCGCAUCAUUGCUGAGCCGGGUCGUUAUUACGUCGCGUCGGCAGUGACCCUGGUAUCGUUUGUAGACUCGAAGCGCGUGCUGAAGGAGAAGCAGGAAGACGGCACCGAGAAAACGAGGAUGUAUUACUAUCUGAACGAUGGUGUGUUUGGAACGUUCUACUGCACGGCUCAUGAAGCACAGCCAGCCAUACCGAUCGUAGAGCGCAAGACCGGGGCGAAGGAGUACAAUUCGUCGGUUUGGGGGCCAACGUGCGAUGUGAUGGAUUUGAUUUUACCCGACGUGCUGCUUCCCGAGCUGGACAUCGGAGACAGCGUAGUGUUCGAAAAUGUGGGAGCCUACGGACAAGUUCUUUCCUGCCGGUUCAACGGAUUCGCCAUACCGAAGGUGGUGGCAUACUUGCGCGAAGGUACCUGGAAAAUUCUGCAAGACUUGACUGCAGCCGCGGCCGCCAUCUCGGCACGCUCGCUCGAUAGCUCUAAUGGCAUGCUGCUCGUUACGCACGAAAACUACGCGCCCAUUGCUGAAGCAACUUACCUGGUUUAAAAGUUAUGUACCAAUUUAAUAAUUUUAUCUUACUGCUCCUCGUAAACCCAAUUAGUUUAGGUUAAGUGAUGGUUUUAUUUCGAAUGGAAGAUAUGAACUUCUUCAAAUAAAAACACUCAGCUUCAUACAAUGUAGCAAUAUUGAGUCGUUACGAUGUUUCCAUAACUAUUACGAUUCAAUAGCAAGCAUUAUAGCCGGUUGAUCUGUCUUAUAAUAAUAAAUGUACAACAUAAAAAUCUAUAAUAAUAUAA